UAAAAGUAUCGUCUUCCAUAACAAAACUCGUAUUUUCCAAUGUGCAAUUCAAUGGAGGUGUAACCAACCAACAUAAACAUUUUUUUAAAACAUUAACUGGUCUCAGAAACCAUAGAAAAAUGAACGAAGAAUGCGCGAACAGGCAAAUGAAGCAGCUGGCUCCCCCUUUGGACCGUGACAAGCACAAAGGACAAGCCGGUCGAAUUGGAAUAUUUGGUGGAAGUGCCGAAUAUACAGGUGCCCCAUACUUCGCUGCAAUCAGUUCGUUGCGAGUCGGAGCAGACUUGGUUUAUGUUUUUUGCCCUGAAAACGCUUCCCCGGUAAUUAAAUCCUACAGCCCGGAACUGAUUGUCUUGCCGCUAUUAAAUCAGAAAGGCAUCGAUGAAAUCAAAGAGUGGAUCGACCGCUUGCACGUGGUUCUUUUGGGACCAGGUUUGGGUCGGGAGCAAACCACCUUCUCACUUUUUGAACAGGUUAUUAAUAUGUGCAAGGAGAAAAAGAAGCCUUUGGUCAUUGACGCCGACGGUUUGUUCUUCGUCGCCCAAAAGCACUCGAUUCUUGAAAACUACCCCGCACCAAUAAUUCUGACUCCUAACGCCAUGGAAUUCAAACGACUGGUCAAAGCUGAUGUCGUACACGACAAAGUUACGCAAUCAUCCGACCUGAUCAAAAAAUUCGGUGGGCACGUAACUCUACUAUGCAAGGACAUGAACGACGAGAUUAUCAGCAACGGGCAAAAGAUCGAAGUUACAGGAGGAGGAUCCGGAAGGAGGUGCGGCGGACAAGGCGAUCUGAUGUCCGGAGCUUGUGCUACUUUUUUGAAAUGGUCCCUGGACAAAGACAUUGGCAAUGACGUUCAAGAUUUCAGGCCAUCUGUGGCAUGUUUCGCCGCAUCCAAGCUUACCAGAGAAUGCAAUUCUAGGGCUUUCGCCAAGCACGGCAGGAGUAUGAUUUGUACCGAUAUGUUACAGGAAAUACACGGCGUUUUUGAAGACGAAUUUGAAGUAAAGUCUUAAGGAAACAAAAUUGAAUUGAUUUAAUGUGCAUUUUAUUAUUGAUUAAGAAAUAAAAUAAUUUGCUUUGUGAUUUUUUGGUAUGUGUAAAUAAAAUAAGCUACAAUCAUUUA